CCACUUCACUAUAAAUACCCUGAGCUCAGUUCUGACUCUCCCUCACUCUUGUUUACAUCUCCCCUCCUCCAAUCCAAGUCAGCUACAGUGACCCUAGCUUCGAGAUACUCCUCAGCACACCACAACAAUUCAUCAUCCAACAUGCCUAUGAACUGGACUGCGGAGAACGAUCGCUUGCUGCUCCUCAAGAUUCUGGAGACCCACAACGUGACUGUGGAUGGCAGCAAGAUAUUGAAGGCCUGGCCACCCAAUGCUCCUGCCGUUCCAACAGAGAGGGCCAUCAAGGAGCGCAUCUUCAAGCUCCGCCAGAUGGCAGGUGUCAAGGCUCCCAAGUCUGCCACGAACACCCCGAAGAAGACCGCAGUCACUCCUAAGAACCCUCAGUCAUCUGGCACGGGUAAGAAACGCAAGGCCAACGACAAGCUCGAGACCCAGGAAUCCGACGCCGAAAAUCACAUGACCGACGAAGAGUCCCCCACAAAGGCCAAGUCUCUCAAACGCAGUGGCGGUGCUGUACUCUUCAACCCAGAGCUUAAACCUGUCAUGGAUGACCCUUUUGCCCAGCGGCUUGCUCAGCCUGUGUUCAAGGCUGCACAGGUUCCGCGCGCCCGUUCUGCUCGUCAAGCUUCCAAGCAAGCUUCCGAGUCGUUCCGCAAUGUGAGCGGUAGCUCUGCAUCUACCGAGGAUAGCCAGGGCUCUGCCUACGAACAGAACCCGAGUGAUGUGGAGGUCUAG